UGGCCACCCAUCAAAUGUCUUUCAACUUUGGGAUUCUGUCUUCCCCUCUCCUUCGAUGUUCUCACGCGCUGCCAAAAUGCCGUCUCCGAUGUAUCAAAAAGUGAACAAUGGAAAUGAGGACAUAGACUCAGAAACUGAGCCUCUAAGUCCAACUCACCAUGCCCCCAGAGAGAAAUCCUCAAUAUGGACCAUGCGCAUCCUCUCCGUCCCCGGUGGCUUCGUCCUCUUCAACCUGAUAUUCUUCCUCUUCUCCAUCCUCAUCCUCCUAAUAUCCAUCAUCCACGUCCAGAACAUAACACACAACAUCGACAACAGCCUCCUCAAAAAGACCUCUUCCUACUCCCCAAUCCUCGACAAACUCCCCAUCUCGCUGCGCGAAACACGCACCCACGGGAACUUCUUCGCCGACGACCCCCCCUCUCUCUUCCAACUGCCUCCCAGCCCCGAAGUCGACGCCGCAUGGGACCGCAUCUCCGACACGCACGCCAUCGUGCUUUCACGGGACGAGAUCCUCAACAUGGGCCGCGACCCAGCCGAGCAAUGGCGUUUCCCCGAGGAAUACGGCUACGGCGACGACGCCUACAUGGGUCUCCUGGAUGUUUUUCACCACCUCCACUGUCUAAACGCGAUGCGACAGGCUGCAUAUCCGGAAUAUUACUUCAACCGCACCCACGAUCAUUCUCACCACGAGCGGUCCACUCCCGGACAGGUGCAUUUCACGCGCGGAGGCCACGAUCUGCACUGCCAGUACAUUCUGCUGCAGUUUAUCCUGUGCCAUGCGGACGUGGGGAUGGUGACGUUUAACAAGGUGGAGGGGGUGACGGGGCCGAUGGCGGAUUUUAGCAUCGAUCAUAAGUGUCGGGAUUUCGGGGCGAUAUUGGACUGGAAGGAGGAGAAUCAGGUGAAUGUUUCGGAUGAGGAGUGGGCGUUGAUUCAGCGCGCUCCGGAGGGGAUUAGGGAGUUGUCGGGGGAGGGGAGGGCGAGGCCGUUUGGGUCUGGGUGA